UAAUCACUAUGGUUUCCUUGUUUGUUGCGUCCCCUACUGGCUUCACACAUCCUGGAAAACCUGCUAUACGCUCUCGAACACGGGCAGUGGAAGUGGAAAGAAUUGCCGCUACAGUAGCAGAGGAUCCCCAACUUACAUGGCAAAUUGGCGUGGGGGCGAUUGCUGGGGUGACUCCAUUUGUUGUGGCUGGGAUCGAAUUCAGCAAGAGGAUUGCAGCUCAAAGGAGAUGUAAAGUUUGUAAAGGCUCUGGGCUUGUCCGGCGAGAGCAGUAUUACUUUAGAUGCAACUCUUGCGGAGGUUUUUUACCUUGGCAAUCCUGGAAACGAUUCUUUUCUGGGUAAGACAUAGUAGACUUCCUCAAAACUUUCUUCAUAGUUUUUCACGAGAAACAUUGUUUCGAUCACUCCUAAACAAAACUUUCGCGUUUUCUCUGUU